AUGGCACACGCACCGGAAGAAAUUCUGGACAACCCAGAUGGCUCGUCCUUCCUCUGGAUAUUCGAACAUUGUCUUCGGUACCCCGAGACCUAUGAAAUGCCUCUUCGCAACAUGUAUGCAUUGAAUUGCAACCCCACGAGACAACCGCCAGUCGCACCCGGAGUCCCCGAGACAGCCUUUGCCAAUCGCGCCUCCCACUCGUCGAAAUCCUCGGAGUCAUCGCAGGAGGCCGGGUGGGGCCGUGAUUCCGACUUUCGGGCCAUGCUAACCCAUGAGAUCUCCCUCAAAUCAUCGCAACCCUGCUCGCUGCCUCCUACUUUCCUCACGACGUUUCUACGUCGCUGCUUCGCUCAGGAGCUGGAAUCUGUUGAUUUCCCUCAGGCCCUGACCGGUCUGGACUACCUCAAAGACCUUGAGGUUCGUCGCAAGAAGGAAGUGGGCGCCGCGUUGCAGCGUUUGGAAGUGCAGCGUGAUGAUCUCCGCCCGAAUUCGGAGUUUCGAAAGAAGUACCCAGGCGUGGUAGCAUGGAUCGACGGCAUGAACGUGAAGAACCGCAAGAUGGAAGCGCUCUAUACCCAGAUCUACAUUGGUCUCCGUCGCUGGACUCUCAUCAAUGAGAUGCUUAUGGAGCCAUUCAACAGAGCCAACUGCAUUGCCAUGCUGAACACUCUGUUUCCUCCUGUCACCGAUGGGACGGUCACUCCCACCUCGCAGUUGACUCCCCAGAUUCUCAAGUCUCAAAGAGACGGGUUCUUCCGGUACAUCUCGGCCAUCAACAACAACAACGCCAAAGUGAUCCUUGACAAGGUAAUCAGCCAGGGAGCCCCGGAAGGCGCGGACAACGGGUGGCCGCUGGUGCGAGACGCCCUGGACAAAUAUGUUCGGACAGCCAACGAGGUCAUCGACGAAUGCGCGACGGUCAGUGGCCCGGCUAGUUUCGAUAACCUCGAGAGUUUCGACAGCCCCGAGGUCACCGAAGACUUCUCUUCGACCCGGGGACACAAAGGCCGCAAGGUCGACUCGGGCAUUAGCUUUGGGUCGUCCGUGGUGCUACCCUCUCCCUCAACCAACGACAGCAGCAGCAGGGCAGAAGACAUCCUGGAUAAACCGCUGCCCCCAUCACCCACCCUCAACACGCCCUACAAAUCGGGCGGCUCUAAACUAGAGCGGCUGGCGCGCGAGAUCCGCAAACUCAGCGACAGCGGAAAAGUCAAGGGCCUGAAGAAAAUGAGAUCCACCAGUGCCCUUGGCGUUCGCCCGGAAAACAUCCCGGGCAAGACCGUGGAUCAUGCGUCCUUCUUUGAAAUUGACGAGCAGAAGCGCAAGAGGUUGAUUUGGGAGGCGACAAGCCGUAGAAGGCCCCAUUCCAAACAACCCAGCGCGGACUCUCUUCAAGAGUGA